AGCAAAAAAACUGCAGCUGCUUGUGCAGCUAAGACAGUGAGACAUUUUCUCAAAAUUCUCUGUCGUUCUCAUAAAAAAAUGGACAUUUCAAUCCCUUUCAAACCGAACCCACUUCUUUCAUCUUCAAAUUCACUCACAAAAGCGGUUCCUUUCCCAAAACGCCAGACGCACAGGCCUAGAAUUUCCCGCCAAAAUCCCAUCUUUAGAGUUUAUUCCUCUGCAAAUCCGAAUGGGUCAGAUGGGUUUUCUUGGCCGAGUAUUGCUCGAUCUAUUGAGGUCGGGUCGGAGCGGUUCUGGUCCAACUUUGGCCAGUCGGUCAAGAGGGAAACCGGGUUUGACUUUGAGGAGGCUAAUGUGAAGGUGGGUGAGUUGGUGGGGCGAGUUAAGAACGGAGUGAAGAAGGGUGAGGCUGAGUUCACUCGGUUCAGGACUGUUUUGGUGCCUGAGUUCGUGGAUUGGAAUAGGUGGGAGCGUUGGAAGGAUGUCAAGAAUUGGGAGCCUAAAAGGAUUGGUGCAUUAAUUCUCUAUGUUUUUGUUGUGAUCAUUUCUUGUCAAAGAAUAUAUGUCGCUGUUCGUGCGCCUUACCUUGAUCGUCAAAGAAAAGAGGUAACAGAGGCUUACAUGGAGGCAUUGAUUCCUGAGCCAUCCCCUAUUAAUAUCAGAAAAUUUAAGAAGAGUAUGUGGAGGAAGACAACACCUAAAGGUCUAAAAUUGAAGAAGUAUAUUGAAGGGCCUGAUGGGACAUUAAUUCAUGAUAGAUCUUAUGUUGGAGAAGAUGCUUGGAUUGAUGACCCAGAGCCUUCACAGGAAAAAGUGAAAAAGGUUAUUGACAGCAAUGAAAGAUUGAGUGCAGAAGAAAAGAAAAAGUUAAUUGAAGACUUGGGCAUUUCAGGUGAGGUUCAAGCAAAUAAAAGUACUUGGCGUGAAAAACUUCGUGCAUGGAAGGAGAUCAUGGAAAAGGAAAAGUUAUCUGAAGAAGUAGAUUCCUCAAAUGCCAGAUAUGUAGUUGAAUUUGAUAUGAAAGAGGUUGAAAAAAGUCUUCGCAAGGAUGUGGUGGAGAAGGUGACAGAGACACAGGGAACCAGGGCUCUAUGGAUAGCGAAGAGAUGGUGGCGCUAUCGUCCUAAACUUCCUUACACUUAUUUUCUUGACAAGCUAGAUAGCUCCGAGGUUGCUGCUGUUGUUUUUACAGAGGACCUGAAAAGAUUGUAUGUAACAAUGAAAGAAGGUUUUCCAUUAGAAUAUGUUGUUAACAUUCCCCUUGAUCCUUUCUUGUUUGAGAUUAUCUCAAGUUCUGGAGUUGAAGUAGAUCUCCUUCAGAAGCGGCAGAUCCAUUAUUUUCUAAAAGUUUUGAUUGCUUUGUUGCCUGGACUGCUGAUUCUCUGGCUGAUAAGGGAGUCUGUGAUGCUUCUCCAUGUCACCUCUAAUCGUUUUCUUUACAAAAAGUAUAAUCAACUUUUUGAUAUGGCUUAUGCAGAAAAUUUCAUCCUGCCAGUUGGAGAUGUUGGUGAAACAAAAUCUAUGUAUAAAGAAGUGGUAUUAGGGGGUGAUGUUUGGGAUCUGCUUGAUGAGUUGAUGAUUUAUAUGGGGAACCCCAUGGAGUAUUAUGAAAGAGGUGUCCAGUUUGUUCGGGGUGUUCUUCUGUCUGGACCACCCGGAACAGGAAAAACACUUUUUGCACGGACACUUGCAAAGGAAAGUGGGCUGCCAUUUGUUUUUGCUUCUGGUGCAGAGUUCACAGAUAGUGAAAAGAGUGGUGCAGCUAGGAUCAAUGAGAUGUUUUCUAUAGCGAGGAGAAAUGCACCUGCGUUUAUAUUUGUAGAUGAAAUUGAUGCUAUUGCUGGAAGGCAUGCAAGAAAGGAUCCUCGAAGAAGGGCCACAUUUGAGGCUCUAAUUGCACAGCUUGAUGGGGAGAAAGAGAAAACUGGUGUUGAUCGGUUUUCACUUAGACAAGCUGUGAUAUUCAUUUGUGCCACCAAUAGACCAGAUGAAUUGGACCUCGAGUUUGUCCGCCCUGGUCGUAUUGACCGUCGUUUAUACAUUGGUUUGCCUGAUGCAAAACAACGGGUGCAAAUAUUUGGUGUGCACAGUGCAGGAAAACAAUUUGCAGAAGAUGUUAACUUUGAACAGCUUGUCUUCCGAACUGUUGGUUUUUCUGGGGCAGAUAUUAGAAAUCUUGUGAAUGAAGCAGCAAUAAUGUCGGUGAGGAAAGGACAUUCUAAGAUCUACCAGCAAGAUAUUGUUGAUGUUUUAGAUAAACAAUUGCUUGAGGGUAUGGGUGUGCUUCUCACAGAGGAAGAGCAACAGAAAAUUGAACAAAGUGUGUCUUUUGAAAAGAAGAGACUGCUGGCGGUUCAUNUAUUGCAGUUUUAG